AUGGCUGACAUCGAAUACAACGCCGAGGAGGCUGCCGAGAUCAAGAAGAGAAGACAGUUCCGCAAGUUCUCUUACCGCGGCAUUGACCUCGACCAGCUCCUCGACCUCUCUUCCGAGCAGCUCCGCGAUGUUGUCCACGCCCGUGCCCGCAGACGUUUCAACCGCGGUCUCAAGCGCAAGCCCAUGGGCCUGAUCAAGAAGCUCCGCAAGGCUAAGCAGGAGGCUAAGCCCAACGAGAAGCCCGAUCUCGUCAAGACCCACCUCCGUGACAUGAUCGUCGUCCCCGAGAUGAUUGGCAGCGUCAUCGGUAUCUACUCCGGCAAGGAGUUCAACCAGGUCGAGAUCAAGCCUGAGAUGGUUGGCCACUACCUGGCUGAGUUCUCUAUCUCUUACAAGCCCGUCAAGCACGGUCGCCCCGGUAUCGGUGCCACCCACUCUUCCCGUUUCAUUCCCCUGAAGUAA